GUCCUGCUCCUAUUACUAGAUUUAUCCCUCGACCGACGACAUACGAGUUGACUGCGUACCUAAGGCGGCACUCCCUUCACUCGUUCUGCCCCCUAUAACCCCUUAGGUGUCACACAGGAACUCCCCUUUCUGCGCUCCGACACUCUAGCACCCAAAACACCCAAACCAUCUUUCUACUCACCCGGUCAUCCGAAGUAGUGUAGCUCAGGUUGGGUGCACAGGCAUUCUCCCAGUCCGCUAAUUCAUAAUUCGCCUACCGCGCGCCUGGAGUUAAACCUGCAAUUACUUUACGACAUUCUUCUCACUUCUCUUUGGCGGCUUUGCCCUUCCUCAGCUUCAGCUUACUCCGGUUACCUUGGUCUCAUUCAAAGAGGCUGGCUAAGCCGGGCUUAAUUUGCUUGUUACCGACCCACCGCGCUCACGGACACCCUGCACUGUAUCCAUACCUCAACUCAAUCACUCCAUCCGUCUUCCAGGCUUAGCUCGGGCUCAUCGAUCCACGCCAAAACGCUGCAUCGAACAAAUAUCCACGACCCCCCGACCGCGUUACGACACACACCUCAUUUCAACCCUCCCGCUGUCACAUUUCUCCGCGUCCCAUCCCUUUCCGGUCGGUACCUGAGCCAUUCUCCAUCUCGCACUAGUCCGAUUCGCCUUGCCUGCCUUCGCUGCCCGCCGAAGCCUAGUUCAGCCACUCCAAGCGAGAUUUCGACUCUCAGAAAAGGACGACACCUCGCCCCAGAUUCCCAUUCCCCUGGUCUCACAUAAUUCCAAUCCCUUCGUAAUUGGCAUCCGCCGACCCAGCACACAUCAUGGCCGCCAACGACUAUUACCAGAACAAACCGUUACCCCCUCCAGGAGCUUCUCCCUCGCCUGCUCCCUAUUACGGCGGUGCUGCCUACAACAACAUUCCCUCAACCAGCUCAACACCCGCUCCUCCCUACAGCUCAAUAACGCCUGCACCCGGCGCCAGCCAACCACCACCGCCGCGCGCCAACACUGUAUCCCCUUUCGAAAGCGUCUUUGACGAUCAUGUCUAUCCCGUAGACUCAACGCAGGACGGAUUUCGCCACAACGGAAACACACAGAGCCCUCAUCCUCAGACCACGAACAACAUGCAACCCCAGCGCAUGAACACGAUGAACACAGUAAACACCGCCUACUCCGGCCAUGGCCAGACGGCCUACAACAGCCACGAUCCCCACCAGCAGAACCCUUAUGCUCAGCCGGACACCGCCUACUACGGUCAUUCCACUUCUCCAGACUCGAGCAGACAAAAUGUGGCCGACGAGAUUCCCUUGCAAAGCCGGCAGCCGACGCAGCCGCACAAGGAUGUGGAGAUGAACGAGAAUGACCAUGUCUACGACGCACCUGCGGGAUCUCGUCGCUCAAAGAGUCGCCGUGACAAGAACAAGGUUGGAUUUGGUCAGCUGGGCAUGUUUGGCGCCGACAGAAAGGGUAUUCCAUGGGUCGUUUACAUUUUCACCUUGGUUCAGGUUGCAGUCUUCAUCGCUGAGAUUGUGAAGAACGCUCAACUCACCGGUUCUCCCAUCAUGACCAAGCCCUCAUUCAACCCCAUGAUUGGACCUUCCACCUACGUUAUGAUCAACAUGGGUGCUCGCUACGUAGCUUGCAUGCACAACGUCAAGGGUAUCCAAGAUCUCGGCCAGCCCAUCACCUGGCCUUGCCCGAACUCGACCUCGAGCGACGCCAGCAAUCCCUCGAACCAGUGCGGCCUCGGCGAUUUGUGUGGCUUCGGAGGUGUGCCGGAGCCUACCUACACCGACAUCAACCAGUCACCGGAACCUAACCAGUGGUUCCGCUUCAUCACACCCAUUUUCCUGCACGCAGGUCUCAUCCAUAUCGGCUUCAACCUGCUUCUGCAAAUGACGAUAGGAAAGGAGAUGGAGAUAGCCAUCGGCUCGAUUCGCUUCUUCUUGGUCUAUGUGAGCGCAGGCAUAUUCGGCAACGUCAUGGGAGCAAACUACGCCGGUGUUAUGGCUGCAUCCACAGGUGCUUCAGGUGCCCUUUUCGGCGUCAUCGCUCUCACCCUGCUCGAUCUCCUGUACUCCUGGAAGGACCGCCGCAGCCCUGUGAAAGACCUGAUGUUCAUCAUGUUGGAUGUAGUCAUCUCUUUCGUACUGGGUCUACUGCCAGGACUCGACAACUUUGCCCAUAUCGGUGGCUUCCUGAUGGGUCUUGCGCUCGGCAUCUGCGUCUUGCAUUCGCCCAAUUCAUUGAGACGGCGACUUGGCGCGGAGGAUCCAUCAUACGCAUCCAUGCAUCUCACUCCCAACCAGGGUGGCCCACCGCCGUUCUUGAAGAAUCCCAUCGGUUUCUUCAAGGGCAGGAAGCCACUCUGGUGGGCAUGGUGGUUGGUCAGAGCCGGCUUCUUGCUGACUGUCAUCAUUGUCUUUAUCGUCCUGCUCAAUAACUUCUACAUCUACCACAACACUUGCAGUUGGUGCAAGUACCUCAGUUGUAUUCCUGUAAACAACUGGUGCGAGCUUGACAACUUCAAAAUCACUUCAUCAUGAAGAGUUGACAUCAUAGGAGGAACGACCCAAUUAAUGCUACGAAAGUUUGCAUUGCACUGGUUUAUGGACUUUGGCAAGGGUGAUUCAUGAUUUGCAUUGCUCAGCGACGGCGUCCCGGUUCACGAUGGGUAUUUUUUAUGAAAAAAGAAGGAAAGGAUCCUCUCCCAUACGUCCAACAGAGACAAAUCGUCUUCAUAGGUAGAGCCACACACAUAGCGCUGCGGGGGUCUGCCAGGGUUCUUUCUAUUCGCUGCCGCUGACCGACCAACCGUCUCGGCAUCACGCAGUCGCAUCGUCCUGGACGUUGUGUUGACGCCCCUGGUUUACCCCGCACAUAUCAUUCGAUGGGCUGCACGAGGUUUACGUAUUUAAAACUCGGCCCAGUCCUAAUAUGAAAACAUAAAUGAACGCUCUUUCCCCAUGGUUUUCUGUGUCAAGUUGGUUGCCCGUGUGCCGUUGAGGAAGUAAAUUGCCAUGGGCGCGCCCACAGACGCAUUACCAAGAUACCCCGUUACGUCGCCUUACGUCAAAUGCUGUCCUACCACGCCAAAGCAGAGGUUUCGGAAGUUGAUUGAGAGUAAGUUUGCGUCUCUUCAUUCCUACCAUGAGUUUCUUGGCAAUCUCUUGAUGAAUCCUAUUUGCAUGGCUUAGCUGAGCGGUCGUGACAAACCGCCGUUGAUGCCUCUUAGAAUGGAUAUCUGAAGACAACUGCAAGCGAUAUCGUCUCUCUUUCUCCUGUCUCUUCACGGCGAAAUAAGAGCGGCUAUUUGCCUUGCGAGACUAUGUGCCACCAUGUUGCUCUAUUUGAAUCACUUGUACUGUCGAGUUCAUUAUAGCUAACAGGGACCAUGUGUAGAAUGCAAUGACAGCUGAGCAGUCAUUUCUGG